GGUCCGUGUCCACAAUCUGCAGCUCCCGACGGCUUCGGCUGUCUCGGGUGUCUUCCGGUAUGCGGACAUGGAAGCGAUCUACGCCACCCUGGUCAAGCAAGCCGUCUGGCAGGCCUGGUCGGAGCCCUUGGUGCGAGUCCGGGAACAACUGACACGCGCCUGCGUGGACAUGCUCUACCAAUACCGACAACUCUGCGCAGCGUCCUCCCCCCCCGGCCAAUUGAUCCUCCCCGAAUCGCUCAAGCUCCUGCCUCUGUACGCCUUGGCCCUCCUGAAGAGCGAUGCCCUGCGCGUGAACCCCCCCGAGGCUGGGCGUGCCCACGGCCUCCCGGACCCCACGGCCGACGUCCGGGCCGCCACCUUGCACGCAUUCUUGUCGGCGCCUGCCAAGCACUUGGUGCACAUGACAUACCCUCGUCUCUACGAAGUGGUGGGUGUGGGAGGCGGGCGGGACGACACAGCGGGCUCGAUGGGCUUGCUCCGGUUGAACGGAUGCUCCGCCGAGAGCUUGAUCGACGACGGGGUCUUCCUCUUGGACGCUUGGAAUCAAACUUACCUCUACGUGGGGCGGGACGUGGGGACGAGGGUAUGGACCGGCCUCUUCAACCGGUCGGGCCCGCCGGAGAACGCGCACGAAGCCGGGUGCACCCUAGCCUUGGCCGUAGAGACGUCGGAUAUGGCGGGGAGGGUGCUGGAGCUGCUGGAGGAGUUGUGUGACGGGGAUCGGAGCGGAUAUGGGGUCGGGAAAGGGGCGGUUCCAGCCAUGCAGGUGGUGGUGGCCGGGUCAGGGAGCCCCUCCGAGGCCCAUUUCAUCAAAAUGUUGGUGGACGAUCGGCAGAAGAACGAGCAGUCCUACGUGGAGUACCUGUGUUUGGUCCAUAAACAGAUCCAGAACCGGUUGGCGGGUCGGUAGGAGGGGCACAAGGAGGAGAAGGCGGAUGGUCUCAGCCAUGGGGUGGCUCCUUGGACGUGCGAAUCGAGGAUGGAGGAGGAGUGGGAGGAGGAAAGCAGGGCCGAGGGCGAACGGUACUGGAACGGAAGAGGGAAAUCGGUGGGGGGUAGGGGGAUAGGGGUGGCAGUAGGUGCCCGAGUCAAUUUUACAAAGGGAUUGAACGCCAUUACGAUGGGAUUGACGGAGGACGUAACGAUGGCUGGUGGAGCCAGCGCUGGUCUCUUGGGUGCAUCCGACGCUUAGUAGUGGGGGGGUGGAAGGCGCCUUCUUCCAGGACAUGGAACCUAUCAUAUAGGGAGGAUGACAACUAUCCCAAUCAGUGGGGGCGAGCGACAGAAAACUUGGCGGUCAGAUAUUGGGUGCGUGGACGGAGCACCGGUGUAGAAGAUAGACUCAAAGGAUCAAAAGCACUGUCCCCAGGCACGGCAACCGAAGAAAACGAGUGUAUUGUGCGG